CAUCAUCACUCAUUGGCCUAGCCUGUCACGUGACCAACCGAGAGUCCACUGGCUUGGACCUUUGGGUCAUGUGACUCCAGAGUGUUGCGUAAGCGGCGGGCAGGGGAGCGGCUGUUUUUCUAAGGUGGUGUGAAGACACUGACGCUGAAAGAUGGAAGCAGCAAAGAGAGCCGUGCUGGUGUCUGUGGCCACCUUUGACCCGGGGGUUCCUCUGGGCCGCAGACCCGGUGCCACCAAGGACGCCCGGAGACUCCACCGCAUCCUGACCCAGCUGAACUUCAAGGUGGACCUCCACCAGGACCUCCACAGCCACGAAAUCUACUCGCUCUUUCGCAAAGAGAGUCGGCGGCCGGUGUCCGAGUGUUUCCUGGCCGUCCUGUCGUCUCACGGCGAGGACGGCUGCGUGUUUGGCGCUGAUGGUAAGCGUGUGUGGUUGUCACGUGUCUUCGCCUUCUUCGACCACGUGGACAUGGAGCAGAAGGUCAAAGUGUUCCUCGUUCAGGCCUGUCGAGGCGCUGCCCUGGACGACGGAGUGGUGACGGACUCCGGCGACGACGAGCCCGCUGAGGGUGUCUGCUCAGACGUUUCCGCUCCCGUAAACACGUUGGUCAUGUACGCCACCGUGCCAGGCUAUGUGGCGUUCAUGCAUCCGACGGGAUCGGUCUUCCUGCAGACAUUCUGCUCGCUGCUGGAGGAGGAGGAGCAUCGUCGCUUGGAGCUAACGCGUCUGAUGACCCGCCUGUCGCACAGCGUGGCCUACACCUUCCAGGCCAAAGGUCGACAGUUCGGCAUGAAGAAGGAGAUGCCCUGCUUCCUCACCCGGAUGACGCGGGAGGCGUUCCCUUUCGCCGGGCCUUGUAAAGACGGCGCUGCUGCAGCCGGCUUGUCCGCCGUGACGCUGCUGGGCGGCGACGGCGCUAAAAAACGGACGCCGUCUAUAAGUUAAACUCUCAUUUGGAAAUGUCCCCGUUUGUUUUUCCACUUGUGUGAGCAGAGGGUCUGCAUUCCACCCGGUCAGUAGCCUACCCGGUCUACCAAGGCCGGACUUGGGGGGCGGUGAAUCCAGACCAGGGGUGGGCAAACUACGGCCCGGGGGCCACAUGCGGCCCACCAAGCGUUUGAAUCCGGCCCGCCAGUUGCUUUCUAAGUAACUUCAACUUUUAACAUACAAACUGGCAACAUGACUUGCAAGUCGGAUGUCUGAUUUAGUAAAAAAUAAACAACAAAACUGUAAAAUUAAAUGACAUAGUUUGAUGUGGUGUGAUGUUUAAAGUGCUCCUAAAAAAGGGACAUGAGAACAUACAACUGAUAUAGGAUAACACUUUUACAGAUAAAAUUAGACAAAUAAUUCAAGGAAAAUGAUAAGCAUAAAAUAGUGUGUGUGUGUUAAAUAUAUGUUCUGGCCCCCCAGACAAUUUUGUUAACUCAAUGCGGCCCUCGAGUCCAAAUAUUUGCCCACCCCUGAUCCAGACGGUCUGGCCUUCCUCACACUUCCUGGUUGUCACAUGGUCUCCUUUACCCUGACGUCCUGACAAUGAUCAAGUACCAUCACAAAGUGAAUCAAGGCCAACAAAUGUACAUCAUAGAAGCAAAGUUACUUGUUUUUUAAAUGUAGCUUUUACAGGAGAGAGAAGAAAUGUUCUCCGUCUGCAGAUUGACCUGAUAUAUUAAAUUAUAGUAAUAUUC